AUCCCUCCUACAUGGAGGAAGUGUCCAAUUUUAAUUGGACAACACUUUAAAUUUCUCUCUUAUAUUUGGGCUUAUUUUUGUGUGUAAAGUUUUAGCCCAAUUGUUUUUUUUAGUGGCCCAUUCUCUUGUGUUGUGUGUGGCUACUAACUAAAGAAAAAAGAGAGAAGAUAAGGGAGAAAAAAAAGGAAGAAGUGAGGGCUGGCAGUAGCUAAACGCAGGAAAGAGGAAGAAAAAGAAGAUUUCCGCCACUCUCUACAGCAGCAAUUUUUCACCUCCGGAUCGAAGGCCAAACAAAGUCGGAUCGUGCUCAAAUUUUAGUAUGUUGUUCCUCACAUACUCCUCUUCAAAUCCAACGGUUAGAUUCUCAUUUUGAUGCCCGGAAGGCUGUUUUCUAGCUGCAUUUUCAGACCUGCGUUUUUGAGAGUUUUUACUCCAUUUUAUGUUGAAUUGUUGAUUGUUGUUGUUCCAAGGUUGCUCCUUGAUGAUUGUGUAUGCCUCUAGUGUUUACUAGAGAGGAGAACUUGUUGUACCCACUUGGUUCUUGGUGAUUAGUGGAAGUUUGGGUGUCGUUGUUGAGCGGCCGUGGUUUUCUCCCCGAUUUGGGGUUUCCACGUAAAUCGUGUGUUCUUUAUCUUAUUUCCGUUGCUAUCUAUUUGUGGUGGUGGUGCUGAUUUUUGGAUUUUUGGAGUAUAGGCUUUCGUUGUGUUUUGUUCCGUGCUUCCCCAACAAAUAUAACGUAGAUCGAUUAGCUUCUUAAUUUCUUCAUAUUUAAUCUGCAAAAUGGGAAUCUCUUCGGAGGAUUUCCGGACCUGUCUAUGGAUUUUUCUGGAAUUCUCGACGAGAUUAUGCUUCGGUUUUGUGAUGGAACAUCCAUUGCAUUCACUUGUUUUCUUGAUCUUCAUCAUCUUCUAUCUCUUCUUCUCCUCCCUCUUCUGGUUCUUGAUUUAUUCAUUCCCUCUGUUCCUCAUCUCCGGCGUCGUCGUUUUAGCCAUUUACCGCCCCGGCACCGGCGAUGACGCCAGAACGGAGAACAGGGUGGACAUCGCGGAGGAGGAAGUUGGGAAGAAGAAGAAGAAAUUCGUCGGCCGUGCUAGGUCGGUCAGGCGGAGGAGAUCAAAGAAGGAUUUCCAGCCAUAUGUUGAGGAAGAAGGCGUCCCCAUUUUUCUGCCGCCGGGUUUCUGCGAUGAACACCGCGUGUUUGACAAAAGUUCCCUGACAGAAGAAGAAGAAAAAGAAGAGGAUGAAGAGGAUGAUCACAUGAAGGAUAUCAGAGAAGUGGUGGAGGUUCAAGGAGGGGAUUUGCAGGUGAAGCCUGCUGAUAGUUUUAGGAGGAGUAGCGGCGAUGACUCGGAGAAGAGCCAGGAAGAAUGGGGUAGGAGGAGUAAGGGUGGCGGCGUGCAAUGGACGACGACGACGGCUUGGGAUCAUGAUCAGAAGAAAAACCCAAUGGAUCUCUCUGAGAUGGAAAGGAACAAGAGGCUAGAGAGUUUGAUGGCAAGAAGGAGAGCAAGGAGACUGGUGAGCAUUCAUGUGAGGAGGACAUUGAUGAAUCUGGGAAGCGACGACCCUCCCAUUUCCGUUGUGAUCCCAAGAACCAAUUCCUCCGGUUCAUCCAAUGGCGGUCUGUUUUCUCCGGGCAGCGGGGCACCCGGGUCCGCUCCCUCGGUCAUGCUGCCCAACCGCAACCCCUUCGACCUGCCCUAUGAUCAGCACGAAGAGAAGCCGAAUCUCAGCGGAGGCAGCUUCCAGCAGGACUUCAUGGUUCCUCAUCAAGAUUUCGUGUUCUGCAGGCAUGAGAGCUUCACUCUGGGUGCUGCUAGUGCUAGCUCUUUCUUUGCAGACUUCAACUCUGAUGAUGAUCUUCAUCUCCAUAAAGUUUUUGAAGCUUCUGAGAAUUAUAAAUCAACAACUCCAUAUGGUAAGGGAAGUGGUGAUAAUAAACUAAUAGAGCAAGAGCCACUCGAAGAACCAGAGAAGUUGAACGAUGCGAGUACCAGCGAUGUGAAGGAAGCAGUCUCUACUACCAGGUGCGAGGAAGACAACGGAGAAGUUCAAAUAAAAUCAGUACUCAUUGAAGAUACUGACAUGGCGACUUCAUCAUCAUCAUCUUCAUCUUCUUCUGCAGAAUCGGAAGAUGAGGCCUUUUACAGAAUUGAUAAAGACGCAAUCUUGAAGUCCCUUGCUACGCCUCCAGCUCCAAGAAACCAGAAGGCCCGAAUGGAUGAGAAUUACUUUUUUGCCACUUUUGCCAAGUUCCCCACUCCAAGCCAUUCCAUUGCUUCUGACUUACAGGUGGAGGUUUCUGAACUCGGGUCACCUCCAAGAUCCGUUGAUGGGACCUCUUCUUCCUUGGAGGAAGAAAACGACAUUUUUGAGCCCUUUAAAUCUAACAGUCUUGACAAGCAAGGUGCAGAUUCAGACAUUUUUGAAGCUAGUGAGGGUCCGGGUGACCUUGAAAGGUCGUUCUCGCCAGAACCUGGGGUUCAACAAGCUGAUGUUCAACAAGUUUGUAAUGCAGAUUCUUUUGAAGAGAGUCUAGAGACCGAAAGACUGUCCAAACCAGAGAUUAUCACCCAUUAUUUGGAAUCAGAUGAUCACUUGUUGAAGAUGGACUCUGAUAAAGAAGAGACUGAAAGGCUGUCCGAAUCGGAGAAGCCUGCCCUUAAUCUUGAAUCAUAUGAUCGCGACGAAUCCCAUGUGGAAACAAGCACAAAAAGUCAUAGGAACGGUUUAGUGGUUCAGGAGGAAGGGUAAAAAAGUAAAGACAAUGAGUUCUUGAAAGACAGCAUCAGAACCUGGAGGCUAAUGAAGCAAUUACAUUUUGCCUUGUGAAUGUGGGUAUAGUAAAACUAACCUUCAAGAUUGAUUCUUAACAAAGUUUUAUGCAUUUGGUAUUAGGUUUUUCUUCUUUUUUUUUAAGAAGUAUAUAAGCAGUGAAAGCCUUGUCUAUUUGGCUUCAAUUUUGUUGUAAAUUGUAACACAUUUUGAACUAAUGUUAGCUCUAAUGAAUGUAAAGAACAUUG